AACGGGAAUUCCCAUGGCCCAGGCUCCGGCAACCAACCUGCUGUCGCCGCGGCCAGGCCGAGCGCAGCAGGCGCCACGCGCAGAGCACACGCUCUCGCUCCAGCUCCCGGCCUCCGCCGUUCAUGACCGUGACCCCCGGACGCAGGCUCCGCCAGCCCCUGCCGCAGGCUCCUCGGCCACUCCCGGCUGCCACAAGGGUCCCCACUUCCCCAAGUGCUUUGAAGCUAGCCUGAUCGCCCCCUCCCCCUGCCCACUGCCCGCUAGUGGCUGCCCGGCUCGGCUGGCACCAUGCUGCCCGCGCGCGUCCGUCUGCUCACGCCCCACUUGCUGCUCGUGUUGGUGCAGCUGUCCCCGGCCGGCGGCCACCGCACCACCGGCCCUAGGUUUCUAAUAAGUGACCGUGACCCUCCGUGCAACCCACACUGUCCCAGGACUCAACCCAAGCCCAUCUGUGCCUCUGACGGCAGGUCCUAUGAAUCCAUGUGUGAGUACCAGAGAGCCAAGUGCCGAGACCCAGCCCUGGCGGUGGUCCAUCGAGGUAGAUGCAAAGAUGCUGGCCAGAGCAAGUGUCGCCUGGAGAGGGCUCAGGCCUUGGAACAGGCCAAGAAGCCUCAGGAGGCUGUGUUUGUCCCAGAGUGUGAUGAGGAUGGUUCCUUCACACAGGUGCAGUGUCAUACGUACACAGGGUACUGCUGGUGUGUCACCCCAGACGGCAAGCCCAUCAGCGGCUCUUCCGUGCAGAAUAAAACUCCUGUAUGUUCAGGUCCAGUCACUGACAAGCCCUUGAGCCAGGGUAAUUCAGGGAGAAAAGUCUCCUUUCGUUUCUUUUUAACCCUCAAUUCAGAUGAUGGCUCUAAACCCACGCCCACAAUGGAGACCCAGCCUGUGUUCGAUGGAGAUGAAAUCACAGCCCCCACUUUAUGGAUUAAGCACUUGGUAAUCAAAGACUCCAAGUUGAAUAACACCAACAUAAGAAAUUCAGAGAAAGUCCAUUCUUGUGACCAGGAGAGACAGAGCGCCCUGGAAGAGGCCCGGCAGAAUCCCCGAGAGGGCAUUGUGAUCCCCGAGUGUGCUCCUGGUGGGCUCUAUAAGCCGGUGCAAUGCCACCAAUCCACAGGCUACUGUUGGUGUGUCCUAGUAGAUACAGGGCGCCCGUUGCCGGGGACUUCCACACGCUAUGUGAUGCCGAGUUGUGAGAGUGACGCCAGAGCCAAGAGUGUAGAGGCGGAUGACCCUUUCAAGGACAGAGAGUUACCAGGCUGUCCUGAAGGGAAGAAGAUGGAAUUUAUUACCAGCCUGCUGGAUGCCCUCACCACAGACAUGGUUCAGGCCAUUAACUCAGCAGCGCCCACUGGAGGUGGGAGGUUCUCAGAGCCAGACCCCAGCCACACCCUGGAGGAGCGAGUGGCACACUGGUACUUUAGCCAGCUGGAUAGCAACAGCAGCGAUGACAUUAACAAGCGGGAAAUGAAGCCAUUCAAGCGCUAUGUAAAGAAGAAAGCCAAGCCCAAGAAAUGUGCCCGGCGCUUCACCGACUACUGUGACCUGAACAAGGAUAAGGCCAUUUCACUGCCUGAGCUGAAGGGCUGCCUGGGUGUUAGCAAAGAAGGUGGUAGCCUUGGCAGCUUCCCUCAGGGAAAACGAACAGGCACAAACCCAUUCAUCGGACGCCUCGUCUAAAGAUCAGAAAAAUCAAAAGGCCAAUGGAGAGUCCAAGGAGACAGGACUGACCAUCAGACACCUGACCCUCAGCGCUGCCCGUGGCUCAGCCACAGCCUGUGUAACAUAAGUGGUGCCCGCCAUGUUUGCACUUUUAAUAAUUCUUAUGUGUGUGUUUUGUUUCUGGUUCCAUUUGUAAACACCAGUUAUCUAAUACCACAGUGGGAACAGGAAAGGGAAGAAAAGCUGUUUGUUCUCUCUUUUAUUGUUGAGUUUGUUUUUUGUUUUUUUGGAUCUGCUACUGACAACUUUUAGGUUUAUCGGGGGUGAGGGGUGGGGUGGAGAAGAAAGAGAUUUAUAUACUGUAUAUAAAUAUAUGUAAAUUGUAUAGAUCUUUUGUACAGGCAUCGACAUCACUGUUUGCCCCUCCCUUCCCUCUACUUUCUCUGGACUCACAGUCCAAUUCUCUCAAACUGUAUCCUUAGCUUACCCCAGCUUCACUGCAGAUGGACUCUGAGAGACGGGAGCCCUGUGCUUGAGCUGUGGACAGCAUCUUUUCUUCUGGUGGGAAGAGGGUACUGGUCAGCACCAUUAGCUCUCAAAGUCCAGUCACUUGGCCGUUGGCUGGGUAGGUGGGGAGCCCAGCUCCUGUGAUAGCCAGCGUGGAUUCCAGUUCUCCGGUGGCCCACGUGUCUGUGCUAUCCAGAUCCCUUGGCUGUCUAUGGUGAAUAAUGGAGCAAGCUCUACUUGAAGGGGUUGAAUGUGGCUGCUUUAAACAUCUCCACCUAUGUUGAGCACCUCCCCUAUGUAGGACAUGAGAGGUGAGACCCCCAAGCAGGUGAGGAAAAAGACACUCAGCAGGGUUUUCCUUCAGCAGGUGUUGGGCUUCUGAGGAGAUGGCAAAGAGCACAGAAGACCUGAGCCAGCCCUUCUGCAAACCCACAGAGAGUCUCCACAAGCAUGUCACUCCCAAUACUAGGGAGUGUUGACUAGUCUGACUAGGUUUUAUCUCCGUGCUCUCCCUCCAUCUCUUCCCUCAUCCUCACUGAUAGGGUCAGCCACCUUGUUGACCAGAGUUGCUCUUAUUCCUCCGGCUUUUCUCAUGGACUUCCAGAAUUCUAGAAUUGACACGGCGUCCCUUACUUCUGCUUCCCCAGGAGGAAUAGGAGCAAUGACCCAGCUCUAGGGAAAUCUAGGCUUUUGCACAGUGUCACCUGGAUUGCAUCAGGGCAGAUAAGCAGCUUUUUCUGUCUAGGCAGCAUGCUGAUUCAGGUGUCCCUCAGUCAGAGCAGCAAGUGACACAUAGCAGCUCUUCCAUGGUCAGCCAUGAUGGCAGUGAGGGAGACCAGGACCUGUGCGUGUGCUGGCUUGCUCUCUGCAAUCUGCCUUGCCUGGGAUUCCAUCUCAGUAUCCUGUAAAUGCAUCCACCUUGGAAAACCCUGUUCUAUCUUGGGUCUGGAAGGCACUGGCCACAUAAUCCUGCCCACGUGUGGGAACAUAGCCUUCUCAGGGCUUGAUUUGAUGAGGUCUCAGCUCCAGAAGGUUCCUCCUGUUCUGAUGGAAGUCACACAUGUUGUCCCACAGUGACCAGUGAUCCUGUUCUGCAUGGUAAGGUGGAAACAACACCUUCCCUUGGGGCCUUGAGUGGAAACACCACACACAGCAUGCUGGAGCCGAAUGGCCCUCACAGCAGGCUCCAGCCCCAUUUCCUGGCCUGAAGGAAAUGUGCACAGAGAAGCCACCUGUAUGUAGGAGUUUAAAAUCUGACCAGCCAACUUUUCUCUCACAGAUGGGCGCAGGCUGUGCUGUGUGCUUUCCCCUGGGGGAGGGAGGAGCAAGGAAAAGUAUUUGUAGCUUGUUUUAUAAAAAAUAAAAAUGGGUUAACUUUGGCA